AUGUCCACAGAAACCGGGACGCUCGAGACCCUGGAACGGCGACUACGCAUACUCGAAGACAAAGACGCUCUGUGGACGCUCCUCUGCCGAUACUGUCGGGUCGUGGACGACCAUGACUGGAAGGGGUUCGGAGACAUGUUCACCGAGGACGGAAUCCUGAACUUCGUCGACUGGGGCCCGAUCCAGGGCCGGGAGAAGAUCGCGAAAGCAACCUCGGUCGAAGAGGUGUUCCAGUACCAAGAACACAGUCUCAGCAACAUCAUGUUCGUGGUGGAUGGAUCCGACACCGCCACGGCGACGGGUUUCCUGACCUUCAUUGCCACCCCGGACGCAUCGAAGCGCGAGGAGUUUGCGGCCAGCGGAGGACGCUACGAGUUCACCUUUAAGAGAACCCACGAGGGCUGGAAAGUGUACCGCCACCUCCUGACAAAGGGCUGGUUGCACGGUAAAAGCGUAAUGGAAAGCGUAAAAUACGCAAAGCAUCCAGACGUGUAA